AUGCAGAACCAGCGGGUUAUAGCUUACGCUUCCAGGCAAUUGAAGAUUCAUGAAAAGAAUUAUCUUGUGCAUGAUUUGGAGUUGGCAGCAGUCGUCUUUGCAUUGAAAUUUGGAGACAUUAUUUAUAUGGAGUCUCUUGCAAGAUUUGCGAGUGGUUGCAAGAGGUCAAUUACAGGAGAAUUAAAUGCAAUUAUGAUGAAAUCGUCUCUCUUUGAAGAAAUUCGAGAAAAGCAGGAAAAAGAUGAUUUCAUCAAGGAGUUGAAGUUAAGGAUAGAAAGAAAUGAGCAGACGGACUUCCAGGAAUAUGCUGAUGGGAGUAUUCGUUUAAAUGGAAGAUGGUGUAUUCCUAAUGACGAGGAAUUGAAGAAUAAAAUUCUGAAGGAAGCACAUAGCAGUGCUUACUCAGUUCAUCCAGGCAGAGAUAAAAUGAUUCAAGAUGUGAAGAAGUACUUCUGGUGGAAAGGGUUAAAGAGAGACUCUCACAGUUCGUGGCAAGGUGUUUAA